CGUCAAUUUUACACAUUAAUAAAGAUUUCAUAGAAGAGAGCAAGUGUGCGUGUCCGAUGUUCCGUACUUCUGCAGAAACAAAUUUGCAGCAAGUGGUUCGAGAAGUCUUCCUGGCCGGACUGGGCGACAAAAAGUAUCUUCCUGACGACGUGGACCUGGAAGUUUUGAUGUUUCUUUUGAUCGAGAGUUGCUCUUUAGAUAAAGAUGGCAGUCAUCCAGUGGCCAUCGUUGCCAGUUCUACGGAAAUCUGCUUAACGCAAAUCCUGUUUGCCAAGUGGACCAAGUCGACCAAAUCCUUUUGUCCGGUGGAACGUUACAGACCGGUGGCCAAGCAGAAAAUCAUAAAUAUCGUUUCUCUGCAUCUGUGUUUGGAUACGUGCAAGGUAGGUCUUCAUUUCCUGGACGAAGACGCCAACGACGAGUUCUGUUGGUCGCUCAGGACCAAAACCCGUACCACCCUUUAUUCCCUCUUCAACACCGUCAAGGAAUUGUGGGAGAAACAAUUCGGAAUCGAACUGAUAUGCACCGAGGAUUGUAAAUACAAUUCGGAAACGACGAAGGAAGAAGCGGCGACGAAAUUUGUAUUAUAAAACUUUGUAUUAAAUACACGAAAGUAAUUUAAUAACCACCGUAACAGGGAUUGUAACCCGGAAUGAAUAAAGUUUCCUCCUUUUGUACUUA